AAAAACCAAAUAACACAACAGUGUUCAUCUUUUACAGAAGAGGAAACUGAGAACAUCUUCAAUUAUUAACACUUACCGAAGAGAGAGAGAAAGAAAGUAAGAAGGAGAAUGGGAGAUGGGUCAGAAGCUUUUGCCACGACGGCGCCGUUAGCUCCGGUGACUAGUGAGCGAAAAGUACGUAGCGACUUGGAGGAAAAACUACCAAAGCCAUAUUUGGCAAGAGCACUAGUAGCUCCAGAUACAGAGCAUCCAAAUGGAACAGAAGGUCAUGACAACAAAGGCAUGAGUGUUAUGCAACAGCAUGUUGCUUUCUUCGACCAAAACGGCGACGGUAUUGUCUACCCUUGGGAGACUUAUGCUGGAUUCCGUGACCUCGGUUUCAACCCAAUCUCCUCUGUCUUCUGGAGCUUAAUCAUCAACUUAGCGUUUAGCUACGUUACACUUCCGAGUUGGUUGCCAUCACCAUUACUGCCUGUCUAUAUCGACAACAUACACAAAGCCAAGCAUGGGAGUGAUUCAAGCACCUAUGAUACCGAAGGAAGGUAUGUCCCAUUUAAUCUGGAGAACAUAUUUAGCAAGUACGCGCUAACGGCUCCGAAUAAGCUAACAUUCAAAGAGAUGUGGAACUUAACCGAGGGAAACCGAAUGGCAAUCGAUCCUUUUGGAUGGCUUUCGAACAAAGUUGAAUGGAUACUACUCUAUAUUCUUGCAAAGGAUGAGGAAGGGUUUGUGUCCAAAGAAGCUGUGAGAGGUUGUUUUGAUGGCAGUUUAUUUGAGUACUGUGCUCAAAAGAAUAAAGAGAAGGCUAAUUCUCGCAAGCAAGACUAAGAGUUUGUUUUAUCUUUUGUACGAAUAAGUAUGCAGUAUUGUAUUUGGAGCCUACUAGUAUUAUACUAUUAUUAAGCUCUUUGUUCUUGGUUAGGGGAAAAACAAAACAAAAAAUGUGUAAGAAAACGUUUGUGUAUGUCGUUGUUGUGUAAAACUGAAGUUAAUCA